AUGUCAAUGCGAACUGCGCUCACAGCUGGAUGGGCUGCUCUGCACACAGCACAAUAUGGUUUCGCUAUCAGUAGUCUCAACGGUGUACAAGGCCCUCUUACAUGUGGAGGUGCGGGCGGGAUCACACCUCAUCUAGUCGAUUCGAAAGGCCUCAAGGACUGCAUACAGAUGAGUCCUGGAGCUUUCGGUCUGGUAACCUCUAUCUUCACUCUGGGUGGUUUACUGGGAUCUCUCGCUGCGACAAAUAUCAAUCAUCACUUGGGUCGGAUCGGAACACUUCGUUUAUCGGCAUUACACAUCUUGGUAGGGUCUCUGAUAGUGGGGUUAGCCAAUUCAAUGGGAGUGAUGAUUGCUGGCCGGGUAAUCAUCGGUAUGGGAUGCGGCUUGGCUACCGUCACCGUUCCCUUGGUUCUCUCCGAAGUCGCUCCGCCGUCCAUCAAGAGAGCCUUGGGGAUAAUGAACCAGAUUUUCAUCGUACUUGGAAUGUUGACCGCUCAAAGUCUUUCCUUCCCCUUCGCCAAACCAUUCACUUGGAGAUAUGUCCUCACGGUGUCUUUCGGAUUGGCGAUAAUACAACUAUUAGGUAGUCUGCUUAUCCGGGAGCCUACCAAGGGCCAGUACACUGGGAGAGAUGAAGAGAGUGACGAGGAGACUAGCUUGUUGCCUUCAGACAAUGAGAAGCCGUUGUCAAUCAAAGAUUUGGUGUUGUCAAAGGACCCUUUGGUCACCCGAGGCUUAAUGGUCGUUCUCGUUACUCAGCUAUCCCAGCAAUUUUGUGGAGUCUCACCAGUCAUGUACUUUUCUACUCGAAUUCUCACACCGGUGUUCCAAUCGAAUUCCCGACUUAUCGCUCUUUUCAUCAUACUCACCAAAGUACCCAUCACCAUACUCCCGGCAUUCCUCAUCGAGCGCCUCGGUACACGUCGUCUUCUCCUUAUUCCGACCCUAUUCAUGUCCAUCGCGGCUGUGCUCCUAGCCUUCGGAAUUAACUACGAUGCUCAAGCUCUAUCUGUCAUUGGAGUCUUCUCCUUCGUGAUGGCCUUUUCCGUUGGACUUGGUCCCGUCACAUGGGUGGUCCUUCCCGAAGUGAUGCCUGAACAUGCUGUCACUGCCGCAGGAAGUAUCGGUCUUGCACUGAACUGGACACUCAAUUUCUGCAUGGGAGCGGUGUUCUUACCUUUGCAACGAUGGAUGAGUGGAGGAAGAGACGAUGAAGAAGGAAAUGUCUUUUUCGUGCUCGCUGCCACUUGUUUGGGAGCUGUUCUAGCUAUGAGAAUAGCUUUCAAAGCUCAAGAACGAGUUGCCAUAUAA